CGUGUCAUCGCACCAAUCUGGCACCUCUUGAAAUUGAAGCUUCCUUUCCUUCUUUUCUUGCUCGACUCUUGGCGAAGAUAGAGCUUGUGGUGCCAAAAGUGUUUUCUUAAAACAUCCAGUAUAGUCAGUUACAAGAUCAGCUAUAAUAUCAAUAAACCUGAAAGCAUAUUGCUUAUUCUAUAGUUUUUCGGUAAAAUUUUCGCGUGGUUUUUAUUUGGAAUUUCGAAGAAUCGAAGAUUUUUUCGCGCCCGAUAUUGCCGGCAAGGGAUUAAGUUCCGCAUUGCUUUGCAGAAUCUCUGAAAGGUUGCAUUUUAGAACUCGUGGCUUGGUCUUGGAUACCUGAAAGUAUCUCCGUAAUAUAUCCGCUUGAUUUUCGUGUCAAUUGUCAGUCCAGCAAGCGUGUUAUUAUUCCGGAACAUCUUUCAUAGAUUGUCCGGAAAACUUAAUACUGCGGAUUCAGGAUUCAGUUAUGGAAUUUAAGAGGCAUUUCGAAUACUAUAUAUAAGGCGGUUUGAACUCAUCGGUCAGCAUGUCGGCACGUCGUCAGAGUUUUGAAAACACUGACGACGUGUCGACUGAUGAGUUCGAACCGCCGCAACGCCACGAACUCAUCCGAUCGGCACCGUCAAACAAUCUCCGAUCCGGAGUAGCUCCUCAGCAGUACAAUCACAAUAACGAAGCAACCUCCUCCACCUCGGUGGUACUUAGACGACGUCCAAUUUAUAAUCCUAUAUCCGAUUCCUCGGACUCCGACGACGAAGAUUUAGUGGCCAACUGGCCGAACACGCAGUGCCUUCAGAGGAGUGGCUGGAUGUCGAAUCCACGGGCUAAUAGAUUCCACAAUCCCAACCGGAUUGGCGGGACGCCAAACGCACAAACCAAUAGAUUCCGCACUUCUGAGAACUCUUCGUUCCAACCAAUAAGAGCUGGCGCUGGCCACGCACAGGUUGCGAUGUCAGAUCCUGGCCAGAUCCAGAGGCCAGUCUCACUUCCCCUAUAUUUCCCAGAAACACCCAAUCGCGGUUCAGGAGCCAAUCCAACAGAGGCCUAUUUGGACACCGAGCCAUCGACUUCGACGGGACAUCGCCGUUUGAACCCUCGUGUUCUUUUUCCAUGUCCGGUGAUCGGAGGCCCCUUCACUUCCCAGGACGUGGGCACCCAGGCAGGCGGUUUCGUGGCCAUGUCACGAUGCACCGGAUUGUUGGAAUACCAGAGGCACAACGUCAUGGGAACAAAUGCUGGAACACAGGUGUCGCUGUGCGAUUCCGAGUCAGAUGAUGCCGGAUUGGACGAAACUAGACCUAUAGAAGAUCCAUUUUCCCCAGGACCAUCCUCGGCGGACUCCACCAUGGCCUUGGCCUCAAUGUCCCCCAAAUCGCAGACUUCCUGUGACAUGGUUACAUCGUCUGGCUUGGAGGUUGGUGGAAUGGAGAGAUCUGGGUCCCCGGGACGACGCAUGUCGGUGGAUAUGCCUCCGCAGCUAUCGGAAUCGCCCAUUUCCUUGAUGGAAUUCAUCGGAUCUGCUGGUGCUUCUCUACAAGGAUCAGCUCGUUUCAUCGCUCAAGCUUCCUCCAGUCGGGUCAGUAGCUCGAUCUUCGUGGAAGAUGGCUCGGCCAGCAUGAGGUUCAAUCGGCGCCGGCAUCAGGCAAUGAACUAUCCAGGAUCAAAAAAGCCACGCAAGGACCAGACUGGGCCCAGUGGAGCUGGAUGCAGUGGCUCGGCCCGCUCUCGUCGUGAACCACCCCAGAAGUACGAAGAUCUUGCCGAUGACAGCGACAGCGAUUAAAUCUUCAAAUUUUCAUCAAAUAUCAAUUUUUUCUUCUUAAAUUUUUGCUUCUUAAAUGAUUGAGCAACGCUCUCAUAAACUUUUCAAUAUUAAUACUCCUUCACUUUUUUUUCAUUUUAUUUUCAUAUUUUUUACUCCAAUAAUAUUUAAUCACACUUUCAAUAAUACUAUCCUUUUUUUUUUUGGUUCAAAACAUUUAAAUGUUUUCAAUCUUUUUUUUUUCAAAUAAAUACUUACACUUUUCUUCUUUAUAAAAACUAUA